AUGGAUACGUCACGUUUCACUCCUAAAAAUUUAAAACAAUUAAUGAAAAACAAUGGCGAUGAUUCAUUUGACAUUCAUACUCCUUGGUCAUCAUACGAAAAAUAUUGUAUAGAAAUCAAUACACCACCUGCGAACACAGUAUUAAUUCCAUUUUAUAAAAUUUAUAUAAGUUGGACUAUUCUUAGUCCUCAAUCUUCAGCGUCUUCUAAUGAUGAAUCAUUUAAAAGUUCCUGUAAUUUAAUCACACCACCGACAAACUUUAUAAUAACAUUACAUAAUGAUCCAAAAUCUUCUGGAAAUGAGUAUUCUCAAAAGGUCACAUCCAAAUGGUCAAUUCCUAUUGCGUCAGAUGUUAAAACGAAUUCUUAUCUUUGGACAGUUCCAUUACUAGAGAAUUCAGAUAGUAAUAAUUCACUUGGUAAUGGAAUAGGUGGAAUUUCUAACAUAGAUAUGGGUGAGAAGAAGAUUAAAAAUAUGUCAUUAUUUUAUAUUCGAGUCGAAUCAAAUGCUAUGGUAAAUAAUCUGAUGGAAACUGUAUUUGGUGUUGUUGGGCCUUUGACUGUUUGGAAUACUCCUGAUAAAGAAAAUAAAACGUUGUUUUUACCUGAAAAAAAAGAAAAAUUACCUCCAAUACUUAGUGAUGGAACUAGAUUGGAAAAAUUGGUGAACGUAAUUACCGGUAUUAUAAUUUCUUCGGUUUAUGGAACCAAUGAAAUGGAAAAUAAAUCUGUUGUAUUGAGUCGUUUCAUAUUUGAAGUAAUCCAUUCACGAGAAUUAAUUCAUCAAGAUUUACGUUCUAGAAAUAUAAUCUACAUAGAACGUUCUCAAGCUUCUGAAAAAUUCAAACUAAAAACGAAUUUAGCAAUAGAUAGGGAUGCCAUAAAUCACACAACAAUUGUGGGUUACCUUUCCACGCAAGUAGCUGAUAUCUACGUUACGUCUUCGGAGCUAUCAUGUCCAAGAUAUCAACUAAAGAAUGUUUGA